AUGUAGCGACCGUCUUAUCCUGGUCCUUGCGAAACUCUCUGCUUCCAUCCUUGCAACCACGGCAAUCAUCAAGUCGGUCUUGAAAGAUUUUGACUCAUUGGCGGCGCUCGCAUUUCUCCAGAUGCCGAACGCUGACAUGACCUCAACCAGACCCAUCUUUGGGCCCGGGUGUGAUCUGCAGGCUUCGCAGGCACAAAUAAUUCGUCCAGCACAAACAAGCAUGUUUGCUCGAGUAAACUGCUAUCCCCCCUUGGGCCAAGUAACCUGUCCACAGAGAAUUCAGAAGGCACUGGGAUCCGGACAGGAUGAUACGAUUCGAUUCACAGUGGUUUUAGAGUCAAGCACUGCAUUUCCUGAACAAACAUGGGAAGUCGAUAUUUGGCAUAACAUCGCUGGGCCCGAAUGGACUGCACUUUCUUUGGAAAAGCAGGAUGGUCCCAUUGCACCGCUUAUGAAUAGCAAGGAGUCGGAAUACCAGUCAUACCGCCAUGUAUUUUCUCAGGAAAUCUCUCUCCCUAAUACUGGUGGCCAUUCUCAGUUUACCGUUCGCUUCCGCCCUGGCCCUGAUGCGGACUGGCACUGGGUCAAUGAGCAGCAGCAUGUGGGUGACGGGGAACUGGUCUUUGCCCCGAGCGCGACUAUUGAGAUGUUCGAAGACUCCGGAGAGCAACUCCGCAAAUACUUUGACCAUCUAUCCUCUGAGGUUAACAUUGAGUCACGAAAAAGCGAAGCCCCAGGAUCAGUCCUCUGGAAGCUUUCUGGAGAAAUCGAUCCCGCAAAAGAUGGUACAUCUAGCGUUAGGGCUCUACCUCUUGGAGCUCCAUCCUCGGUCGCUCGAUACUUUGCAUUGGCCCGGGUAUGGACUCCGUGGCUUGGGCCUCGGCAUGGCCGCGACAAAUUCAAAUUGACUGAAGAUGCAAUUUUGUGUUCAUUUCUUCGAACUGAUGGAAUCCAUGUGGUUCUCUUGGCCGUUUCGGGGACAUCUAACGUAACUGUACUUGAAUCCGGAGAAGAUGGAGAAGUGAUAGUUCGGUCGCAAAGCGAUUCGGCCGACUCUACGGAAUUCCAGGUCCUGGCUGCCGUGGCAGAUAAAUUCGAUGUGGCCAUGAGCGCAGUGAUGUACGAAGCGCGCAAAGCAGUCCGACCGUAUGAAGAAGCUCAACCCUGCCAGCGUGUUCCAACACCGAUCUCGCCCCCUGGCGAUAGUUUCGUCAUGGUUGAGAAAGACCCCGAGGUGCAAUGGCUAGCAGAUUGGUACGAUGGCUUGACUUAUUGCACUUGGAAUGGGCUGGGCCAGAACCUGACCGAAGAGAAGCUGUUGGGCGCUUUGAAAUCACUGAAAGACAACGGAAUCAAAAUCUCCAAUUUGAUCAUCGACGACAAUUGGCAAGCUUUGGAUAGUGAUGCCAGGCCCCAGUUUAAGCGACGAUGGACGCAAUUUGAGGCAAACCCGGAUGCAUUCCCACGUGGAUUAAAGCAUACAAUAGAGAAGAUUCGCGAGAGCCACCCCAAUGUCGACCACAUCGCCGUUUGGCAUGCGCUUUUUGGAUACUGGGGCGGGAUCGCGCCAAACAGUGAAUUGACUGCGAAUUACAAGACCAAAGAAGUCAAAAUCAAAGACCCUGCAGCCAGCGGGCCUAUCGCCCAUGCAUUCGAAGAUAAAUCGCUGUUGGCCAUUGACCCGGAUGAUAUUCAGCGCUUUUACACCGAGUUCUAUAGCUUCCUCUCCUCUGCUGGAGUCGACUCUGUGAAAACCGAUGCCCAGUUCUUCAUUGAUCUUUUAGAAGACCCGAAAGACCGAAGAGAAUUUGCAAGUGCAUAUCAGGAUGCGUGGUCGAUCGCCUCGCUGCGAUACUUUAGUACAAGGGCGAUAUCGUGCAUGUCUCUUUUCCCUCAGGCUAUUUUCCACAACCAACUUCCAACAAACAAGCCAACCAUCCCGCUGCGCAACUCCGACGACUUUUUCCCUGACAUUCCAGAGUCCCAUCCUUGGCAUAUAUUCUGUAAUGCUCAUAACGCUCUGUUCACUCGAUUCCUGAACGUUCUUCCGGACUGGGACAUGUUUCAAACCAGCCAUCCUUACGCAUCCUUCCAUGCAGCGGCUCGUUGUGUCUCCGGUGGCCCUAUAUAUAUCACGGACGAACCAGGAAACCACAACAUAUCGCUGAUCAACGAAAUGACCGCUCCAACGGUACAUGGGUAUACCGUGAUUCUGCGCCCAAGCCUGGUGGGUCGCACAAUUGACGCAUUUAAUGGCUACAACGAGGGCCAUAUCCUCCGCGUUGGCACAUACACUGGCUGGGCACGAACCGGAAGCGGCAUUCUGGGACUCUUCAAUGUUUCCGCGACCAGCAAAUCGUGUCUUGUCUCUUUGCUCGACUUCCCUGGAAUCCACGAAGAUUAUACUGCGAAGUACAUAGUCCGGUCCCACGCCCGCGGCAAAAUCACAGACCCCAUGACUCCAACAGACGCCAACUCCAUUGUGGCAGUUAAUCUUGAACAAAAGGACUGGGACAUCCUGACUGCUUAUCCCACUCGCACAUUCACGCUCAGGGCUAAUCCAGAGAGAAAUAUCCCGCAUGACAUCCAGACCGACGUCGCAGUACUCGGACUGCUUGGUAAAAUGACGGGCGCCGCGGCGCUGGUUAGCUCUGACACAUAUGUGGAAACAAAUGGCCGUCUCCGGGUGGAUAUUAGUUUAAAAGCACUGGGUACAUUGGGAAUAUAUUUUUCUAACUUAGGACAUCGGAGCAUCGCGCAGAACUUCAUGGUUACGAUCUUAGGAGAUCCGGUCCCGCAGAAGACGGUGCAGCUGGAAAGGGGCGAAGAUGCUCGCCUUUUGUCUGUCGACAUUGCGGCGGCCUGGAAGGAGAUGCGUUUGGAGCCUGGCUGGAGCAACGAGAUUAUUGUGCAUGUGUUUGUGGGGUAAGAUCAUGUUGUCACGCACAUGUUUGAUAUUAUUUCAAGAUUCGUUCGUAUGCAUAUUUCUU